AUUUUUGCCUUAUAGUUUCAUUUUAAAGUAUAUUAUCUAAAAAUGUAUGAUAAGCUGACUUAAACGUAAUAUAUGAUCUAGCAGUCCAGAGAAAAUGUGCAUACUUUGGUUGGUGGCCAAUUAAAUGAACACUAAAUUUCGGGGAUUGGGACUGGGGACCUCUAGUUUUAAAUCCUAACUACGCCCCUGGAAAAGCAGCGUUUCUUCUUUUUCAUCCCCUCCCUCUCUUUAGGACCAUGUAGCACCUCACUGAUCCCUCGGGGCCUUGACGUCAGUGUUGUAUACGGUGGAGAUCUCCUGUGCGCGGCAGUGGUGGAGCUCACAGGCGCAGCGUCCGAGCAGCGCGCAACGCAGGGCGGCUGCGGCGUGCGACAACUCUCCGCUCAGACCUCCCCGCCUUCGCUGACUGUCACAUAUCCACACACCAUCUGGAAGGGAUACACCAACACAAACCCACCCAUUAGCAUCCUCCUGCCCCGCCAUGUCGUCCGCUGUCACCGAGACGGAGGAGUCGGCGCGCAGCUCCCCGCUGACGCCGCUGAAGCUGGUCGGGCUGGUGUGCGUGUUCCUGGCGCUCUGCCUGGAUGUGGGAGCCGUGAUGAGCCCGGCGUGGGUGACUGCCGACGACCAGUACUACCUGUCCCUGUGGGAGUCCUGCUGGAAGCCUGUGAGCACCGAGGACUGGCAGUGCAGCAGCACCUUGGGCUCAGACUGGCAGGUUGCUACGCUAGCCCUGUUGCUAGGGGGUGGAGCCCUGGUGCUGAUGUCAUUCCUGGUCGCCCUGGUUGCCGUGUGCAUUGGCACGAGACGGCGCUUCUACGCACCUGUCGCCUUCAUGCUCUUCGCUGCAGUUGUCCUCCAGGCCUGCAGCUUGGUCCUCUACCCCAUCAAGUUCAUCGAGAGCAUCAACCUGAGGAUCUACCACGAGUUCAACUGGGGCUACGGCCUGGCCUGGGGGGGGACCAUCUUCUCCUUCGGCGGGGGAAUCCUCUACUGCCUCAACCCCAAGAACUACGAGGAGUAUUACUAGCUCCGUUUCAGGCCGAGAACCCUUGAGUCAUCCGAUAAGAGAGGUAUUCUGGGGGUUUAGGGCUAUUUUAUUUUAAUGGCUCAAUUUCCAACAACUGUAGGGAUUACUUGAUAGUGGACAGAGCCAAUCGCCACAAGCUUCCCUGAAGGGGAUAUUCAUAGGGUGAAGCUGGUGGCCGGGGGAUUUCUUUUCUUGCCUCAGUCAACAGAAGUGUAAGCGCUGAGGUUGAUGGGUAUUUGAAUUUACAGCCCCAACAUCGGUUCUGGGGGUGGGGAGGAGUCUUAUUAGUUUAUUCCUGGGACUUGUGACACACCUGGGCAAACUGACAACCCUGCAGUAACAGCGGAUGGAGCUUUGCGUGACAAUGCCACCUUUCUUCUUUCUUCCCUGUGAACUGCACUGCAAGAACUGCUCUUAGUUUGUCACAAGGAACAACCCAUCUUAUCGACUCUGUAACUGAGGAAACAGGAUGUCAGACUGGGAGGCUUUUUCUGCACGUUAACGCACGCAUGCACAUGCAAAGGCUGUGUACCUUCACCUGUAAACAUCAAAUCCUCGGGUUGGACAUCUCUGAAAAUCCAAACUCUUGUCUCCUGCUUCACCGGAGCAUCAUCCUCAUCAUCGGUGCAUUGUGAAGAAGUCGUGGCAUUUUGUUUGUCAGACUCCUCUGGAGCUCUUAACUUUUCACAAGGACGUGGAAGAGGAUCAAGCGUUACUGUUGCGCUUCAUAACUUUUCAUAAGACAGAUUGAUUCCUGUGGGUGAAGGCAAGCUUGGGGGAACAAAAUAAAGACACCCGCUCAAUAUUCUGUUAUCGACCCACUUGUCUGUAACCACGGUGAGCCACAGGGUGUGCACAUGCAGCUGUCAUGAUUGAUUAGCCAUGGUCAGAGGUAUGAGACAGCACUGCGCUCAGCUGCCUCCGAGGGUCUGCUAAAUUUUCGAUUCCCAAUGAGGCGAGUUUCUCCACCAUGACGAACGAAGCAUCCUUCCUCAUCUCGUCCAGCUCCUCUGCUUUCUGUUUGUGGAAGGGAGUGUCAUCUUUGACCAGACAGAUACGGACUCUCAGUGGACAUCAGAAGUUUAGGAAAGUAACGAUCCACAGAAACACACUAGGGAACUGUGGCUUUACUCAACACUCUUUGGGGCAUUUAAACAGUUUAGUCUCAAAGUUAAAGGGGAAGUGUUACCUUCAGCUUUAAGAGGCUGACAUCUUGAGUUAAGGGAAACAUCCAAGCUCACUCCCUCUUUGCUAUAAACUGCCGUCCAUGGGUCUAAAGUCCAAUACUAGAAUGCAAUGAUAAUGCAUGUAAGACUGAUUACACAUUUCAGUAAAAAACACUGUUCAGUAUUGUAAAGGGAACAAUCAAGAUAGUCAGAUGUUAAGUUAAAACUCAUGGUAACAGGUAACAAUGGCCUAACCCCUAGUAUGAGAGGAAAAGCUUAAUUGUGUGCAUGUAAACAUUGCCACUGGAGAUGACUAUUUAUAAACCGGAUCAGUGUAUCUACUGAGAAGUUCAGGCCACAAUUCAUUAACAUCAAACCGCCGUCUCCUUGUCUACAGUAAAUGUCAGGGAUCAGCACUGCGCCCAGACUGAGCAGAUUGGUGAGAAAGCAAGUCUGGAAUACACGUGUUGGCACAGGGAAAGCAAAUGUCAAUAUCAACCAGUGUCAAAUGUCAGUGGGACACAUAAACUGGGAAAACGUGUCAAAUGGUAUCAUUCAUCACAGCUUUAACACCAUACAUAAAAAGAUCAUCUGAUUAUCAUGCUUUUGAAUUGAAACGCUUUUUUAUCUCGUUUCCAUCAAAACUCAAGUUGUGCAGAUGUUGAGGAUGUGCAAUGUCUGGUUGUGGUUGUGGAUACAGAAAGACACUUUCAAACUUCUGUACUGGUUUUAAAUAGUGGAUCAGACCAUAAAGCAGGUAAUAAUUCUAAAUUUGGCUUUGAUUAUGCAAAAAAACCCUUCAUGUUUCCUCUCUGCUGAAGUACAAAUUCAACUUCCUUAGUGUGCUGAAUUACUUUCCUCACCCUUUGACCUCCUCUCUCCCUUCAAAACACAUUCUGUACAUUUGAGAUGACACAGGCAGCGGUAUGCUAAAUAAGAUUUCUCUGGCUGACAUUUUGAAGAUAGAAGCGGCGGCUUCUCUGUGCUCUCUAUUGUCACAUAUUUACCACGGAGCUGUCGAGCAACCAUCAAGUAAAAAUAGGAUCCGGGCUGCCUCCCUCGCCGCCUUCUCAAAUUGUCGAGCCGUGCAUCCGCCUCACGAUUCACGCAGCUGACAGAAGUCCAUUUAUGUUAUAUUAACUGACAUGAUGAUGUUUACCACAGAAGAUAAGAGAGAUUUCCUGUGUUGUUGAUGCAGAUCAGCUGUUUGUAUUUUGCAGCCCUGCCUGUCACUUCAACUAAAGUGCUUUUAAAACCAUCUUAUUGGAAGUUAACAACUGAGAUCACUAUGACUGGAGUUAUCAGAUAACGCUUCGGAUAUCAGCCUGCAAAUCACAGUGCGAGUCAUAACAACUUUGUGUUUAAGUUGGACUUUGAAAUAAAAUGACAUUGUUAUCGGGGUUCUGGAUAUGAAUGUGUGAAAGAUGGUUAUCAAUGAGUAAGAGUAGUGACAGCAAAAUUAGCCUGUCAAGUAGUUAAGGGAGCAGAAACUAGCUAAGGCAGAGCCAAAUUACAACAUCUACAAAGUCUAUCUAUGCUUUAUGCAUAUUAUAAUAAACAGUUCCUGCUUGGGUACAACACAUUGGAGUAAUUGAGAAAACAUUCAGUGAAGCUUUUGUCUAUAUAACCUCUGAAGAAGACUUUGUAAUCCCUUAAAUUUGUGUACUUUCCCCUUGUUAGGUCAUUGGUACCCUGAGUGUACAAAAAAACAUUGUAAUUUGCAGGCUGUCAUGUAAAUCAUCUCUUCAGAGUAACCUUGUGAGAAGGAUGUAGUGGAGGCUGAAGCCACUUAAUCUCACUUUACAAGCCUUUUCAGGCCGACAUAAACCUCAUGUUGUAAAUCCACAAUGUAAAUUAUAUUAAGUAGUAUUGAACUGAUGGAUGUAUUCUGAAAGCAGGGUCUUCUGAGGGGCAAAACUAUCCUUAAAGUCAAUGCUUUUACGAGGAUUUGUUUUACUUACAGCUCUCACUAUUACAGCCAUUAUUCCAUUAGUCACAGCGGCUCUGUGGGUCAGCGUUCUCUUUCUAGCAUGUGACCCAGCUCAUGGGUAUUUCAUCAGUCUGAAAGAUGUCACAGCUUCAUCGUGUUCAGUGGUGGGGCUCCAGUUAAUCAGUGUUUAGCUUCGUCAGGUCACCACAUUUUCUGUUGGGUCACUGACGAAGCUUUUUUUUAUCACCUGACUCGGUGUGUUGUUCCUUCCAUGCGUGCAGAGUGAAACAGAAGUCCCAACAUAAUGAGGAAGUGCCGAAGUAGAGAUCAUCACCACCAGUAUGAUAUUUGAUAUGACCACUACUGUAUUUAAUACUGUAUGAUCACAGCUUAGUGAAGGUGUUUUUGCUACCUAGAAACGUCUCUGUGCUUUGGUGGUGUAGAGGAGCCGUAGGUAUAAACUCUGUAACAGACCUGGGUUAAAAAUACGAAGGAAUAACUCCCAACACACCAUUAAAUAAAAGUGAAAGGACUAAAAUAACAAUUGAAAUACAUGAAUACAGAUGAACUACCAAAAGCAACUUGCAAGCUAAAUCCCCUCUAGUUUGAAAUCUUCAUUUCUUCAGGUAUUUUAAAAUAAUGCAGCUGCUGUUAUUACUGAAUCUUUUCACCAUGAUUCCUUCUGCAUUUUCAAAAGUAUAGUGCAGCAAACAAAUGUUGUUUGACUGCUCAUCGCUGCUUCCUUCAGGAGCCAGCAGAUGCACUUAAAGUUGUUUUGAUUUCUUAAUUGGGAGCGGAAAUUAAUGUCGCGUCAAUCGCAAUUAACGGCCUCUGAUUCUGAAUGACAAUGCAAAUAUGUUUGCACCAGUUUCUCAAAUGACCUACAUGCUUUGAUUUUUAAUGAAGCACUUUAAUGUGCCUCUGAGUAAAUCAUUUUAUUUGUGUGAGGCCCCUCGGUGCUUUAUAUCUUCGGGGACCUACGUGAGCUUGACGACAUGCUUGGUAAAAAAACUGCCCUUUAAUAUUAUAAUUAUCACUUGUGGCCCCAGGGUGUCUGACCCAUGCUAAUUCCUUGUAUGUUUUAGCUCAGGUCUGAGUCGUAUUUAUUAGCAUUUAUUUGGUUAUUCAUUUACUGAUGAAAAGUAGAGGCUCGUAAACAGAGACGGCUCUGUUUUAUGCAUCAGCUCCCAGUAGGCUGGAGAGAAACACUGUCUAAUGAUGUGCAUAGGGAU